UCAGAAGCAGAAGAAAACCCAAAGUCACCAACUCUAGCAGACUUUGCACCCGCGGAAGAAAGAAUUUUUUGUGGUAGCAGAGACAAACAAACAAACAAAGGGGUAAAACCAAAUCGGUUCCUAACUCCCUUCCUCCUUCCCUCACCCCUCGCAUGCUGCUUUUUUCUUUCUCUCUUUCUUUGUUGUAUUGUGCUUUGUUGUAAGAGACAGAAAGAGGAUAAAAGCUGUCCCCACAGUUUUUCAUGGCAACAAGAUACUCAUCUCCUCUCUCCCUGUUUUCCCUGCCAAAGUAACCUCGUUAGUGACAAACAAAAAGCUCUCUCACACUGAGUGAAAGAAAGAGAACAAUUUUGAGGACAAAGUGAAGAGAGAAAGAAAAGAAGAGUGAGUUGUUUCAGACAGUAGUAGUUAGAUAGAGAAGGUGGAAGUGGAAAAAGGGUGUUUGUUGUAUUGUGAAGUGAAACAAGGGGUGGGGGUGGUGUGAAACAAAAAAAGGUGUAUAGUGAGAGAGAAAGAGAGAGAGAGAUGGUGGGCUCAGGAACAACAACAACAACAGAUAGAAGCAAAGAAGCUGUUGGGAUGAUGGCCCUUCAUGAGGCCCUCAGAAGUGUGUGUCUCAACUCAGAUUGGACUUACUCUGUCUUCUGGACCAUUCGUCCUCGCCCAAGAGUGAGAGGUGGCAAUGGGUGCAAGGUUGGGGAUGAUAACGGCAGCUUGAUGUUGAUGUGGGAAGAUGGGUUUUGCCGAGGAAGAGUUUCAGAUUGUUUGGAAGAGAUUGAUGGAGAGGAUCCUAUCAGGAAAUCUUUUAGCAAAAUGUCCAUUCAGUUAUAUAAUUAUGGAGAAGGGUUGAUGGGAAAGGUUACAUCUGAUAAGUGCCACAAAUGGGUCUUUAAAGAGCCUACGGAAUGUGAGCCUAAUAUCUCCAACUACUGGCAGAGCUCCUUUGAUGCUCUUCCUCCUGAAUGGAUAGAUCAGUUUGAGUCAGGCAUUCAGACAAUCGCUGUGAUUCAAGCUGGGCAUGGCCUUCUGCAACUUGGUUCUUGCAAGAUUAUUCCAGAAGACCUCCAUUUUGUGCUAAGAAUGAGACACACUUUUGAAUCUCUAGGCUAUCAAUCAGGGUUCUACCUCUCCCAACUCUUCUCUUCAACAAGGAACACAUCCUCUUCCACUUCCCUUUCUUCAAAACCAUCCUCCAUUCCAACUAGGCCACCCCCUCCACUCCUCAACUGGGGUCAGAGACCACUUGGAUCUUCCGCUUCUAUGCUACCCUCUCCCACCUUUCAGCAUGCAGCCAGAAUGGGGUUCCCACAGGCCAAAGAUGAGACCCAUAUGUUCCUCAUGCCUCAUGCAUCAGAACAUGCAAGAAUGGGAGACAUCAUGGGGGAGCAUGAGAAUGACAUAAAAUGGCCAAAUGGCUUAUCCAUCUUCAAUGCACUCACUGGAAGAUCUGAUGAUGCUAAACUCUUGUUCAAUCAAGAGAGCUUGGGGGGCAAACCAAGUGAUGAUCACAAUCACCACCACCACCACCACCACUCUCUCAACCCAAAUAAUCCCACCUCAUCAGUGCAAAAUGCUAAUAGUGUGGCAAACCCAAAUGAGUUCUUGAGCUUGGAUAGCCACACUGAAGGAGGAGGGGCAAGGAAACUGGACAAGUUCAAGAGGUGCUUCACUCUACCUGCUAGAAUGACUUCAUCUUCAUCUUCUACUUCAAUGGAUCACCAUCAACAAGCAGGUGUGGAGUAUAGGAAUUCAGGAGGUAGUAUGUACCAGGAUGUCAUGGAGACCUUUUUGGAGUGAAUGUGGGGAGAAUAAGGUAAGUUGUGUUUGGGAAAUGAAGACGAAAAAGUUGUAUUUAGGCAUAGUAGUUAUUUUGUGUUCCUUAAUUUUCGUGUGUUAAGCUUUCUUUCCUUUUUGUAUCCUGUGUUUUUUCUUUUCAUUUCUGUCAUCCACUCAGAGGGACUUCAUUAAUGACAAUUUCUUUCUUUUUGUUUGAUUAGACAUGGAAGUUUUCAUGCUUUUUACAUA